AUGCGAAGUCGUCUCCUUCCACCUCUUACUAUAACGCUUGCAGCUUUGUUCGAAAUGGCUUCUGGGUUUUGCUCACUGGGUUCCAUUGCCACCUCCUUAUCCUCGUCCCACGCGCUUGCCCGGCGCCUUGGACCCACUCUGAUUCGACGAUGGCGUUCGAGUUCAAGCUCUUCUCCUCCCCUGCCAAUUUCCCGCGCUUUAUCCGCCGGUCCGAUAAGCUCCUCCUUCACGUGGAACGACGUCGUCCAGAGCGGUGAGGCCAACUCCUCCGAUCUCACUGGGUUUCUCGAGAAAAUCGACCGCUGCAAUCGCGGAUCCGAAAAGUUUUCAGACUUCAUUCCAUUUGUUAUAGAGGACCAAAUCGUUGGUUAUAUUCAUAAGGGAUUUAUAGACCACUUGAGGGACUUUCAUGAUAUCUUUACAAUUUCACAAAAUGGUACUUGCUCCGGUGGCCAUGUAGCGCUUAAUUCGAUGUUUGAAAAGCCUGAAGAUCGAACCAGAGCAGUUGCAAAUGUGAUCAAAAUCUUGGGUGAUAAAGGAAUUAUUCCAGGUAUAAGAAAUGAGCUGUAUCCUGUGAAACCAUCGUUUAAUGCUCCCGUCUUUUUCUCCUUAGAGCGUGCUGCUGCUCCUUAUUUCGGACUAAAGGGUUAUGGAGUUCACAUGAAUGGGUAUGUAGAAAGAGAUGGACAAAAAUUUCUAUGGAUAGGUAAGAGAAGUCUCACAAAAUCCACUUAUCCAGGGAUGCUUGACCAUUUAGUUGCUGGAGGAUUGCCUCACGGGAUUAGCUGCGGUGAGAAUCUAGUAAAGGAAUGCGAAGAGGAAGCUGGGAUUUCCAGAGUCAUUGCUGAGAGGGCUAUAGCGGUCGGUGCUGUCUCAUACAUGGAUAUCGAUCAGUACCGCUUCAAACGUGAUGUGCUGUUUUGUUAUGAUUUGAAACUCCUGGAAGAUUUUGUUCCCGAAAAUCAAGAUGGAGAAGUUGAGAGCUUCAAGUUGAUUCCAGUAGCCCAAGUUGCUAAUGUGAUUCGGGAGACUAAUUUUUUCAAGGACAACUGUUCCCUUGUCAUUAUUGACUUCUUGUUUCGGCAUGGAAUCAUCUGGUUACUUGGAUCUAUACCGCCGCCUGAGGAAUCGAGAUUGCUCAUAGGGAUGCUACCGUGUUUUGACUGUCUGAUGCUUAUUUAUAUCGAGCCACUUCAGGUGCCUUCAUGA